AUGCCCAUCGCCUUGCCCAUCCUCCUAGCUUCCCCUGCCAGUCGCCGCUCCCCACCGCCCUCGCUCCCCCCUGCUGUUUUCCUCGCUCCCCCCUGCUGUUUCCCUCGCUCCCCCCUGCCUAUCCCCCAAGCACCUCCCUCCACCCCUUGGUUAACCCCCCUCAUACUCACCUCCCUCGCCUCCCAAUUCACCAAGCAACCACGUUCGUCCACCUCUACCUCUAACCCGCCUCCCUCCGCCUCCCAAUUCACCAAGCAACCACGUUCGUCCACCUCUACCUCUAACCCGCCUCCCUCCGCCUCCCAAUUCACCAAGCAACCACGUUCGUCCACCUCUACCUCUAACCCGCCUCCCUCCGCCUCCCAAUUCACCAAGCAACCACGUUCGUCCACCUCUACCUCUAACCCGCCUCCCUCCGCCUCCCAAUUCACCAAGCAACCACGUUCGUCCACCUCUACCUCUAACCCGCCUCCCUCCGCCUCCCAAUUCACCAAGCAACCACGUUCGUCCACCUCUACCUCUAACCCGCCUCCCUCCGCCUGCCCAAUUCACCAAGCAACCACGUUCGUCCACCUCUACCUCUAA